AUCCAUGUGUAGGUUAAGAAAAAUCCAUAAAAAUGGAGUUGUUGUGGUUGAUUCUUGGAGUUCUCUUGGGUGGAUAUGUGUUUCUAUUCGGGUUUCUGAGGAGAUUUAAUGAGUGGUAUCAUGUAGGCAAACUGGGGAAAACAAAAUACCCUCUCCCUCCUGGUGAUAUGGGUUGGCCUUACCUUGGUGGUCUCCCAACCUUCCUCAAAGCUUUCAAAUCCAAUGACCCUGAUUCCUACAUAAACAACCUUGUAAACAAGUAUGGCAGGACUGGUAUCUACAAGACGUUUAUGUUUGGGAGCCCAAGUGUGAUUGUUUCUAUCCCAGAAACAUGCAAAAAAGUUUUGAUGGAUGAUGAAAGGUUCAAACUAGGUUAUCCUAAGGCCACAACAGUCCUUACAGGUAGAAGAUCAUUCCAUGGCAUUUCAACCUCCGAGCACAAGCGCCUUCGCCGGUUAACCACAUCUCCGAUCAACGGCCACGAGGCACUGGCCGGGUAUAUUGACCUUAUCGAGGGCAUUGUGGUAACCUCAUUGGAGGAGUGGGCCAGCAUGAAGGAGCCAAUCCAGCUCUUGACAGAGUUGAGAGGGUUUGCCUUUAAGGUCAUCACCAACAUUUUCAUCAGCACCCACAGUGAGUCUGUUAUUUCGGCAGUGGAAAACUUAUACAGUGAUUUAAAUGCUGGAAUAAAGGCCCAGGCCAUUAAUAUUCCUGGAUUUCCAUUCCAUAGAGCGCUCAAGGCACGAAAACGUUUGGUGAAGAUCUUCCAAGCUGUAGUAGAUCAAAAGAGGGCAACGAUCAAAAGCGAUUCCAUUAAUAAUAAAAAUAAUAAUCAAACGGAGAUGCAAAAAGAUAUGAUGGAUUUACUAUUGGGAGUUGAAGAUGAAGAAGGAAGACAAUUGGAGGAUGAGGAUAUCAUAGAUUUACUAAUCGUGUUCAUGUUAGCCGGCCAUGAAAGCUCUGCCCAUGGAGUAUUGUGGGCAAUCAUCUACAUGUCACAACAUCCAGAAAUCUUCAGGAAAGCCAAGGAAGAGCAAGUUGAGAUCGUGAAGAGAAGACCGUCUACACAGAAAGGACUGACUCUCACGGAGAUCAGACAAAUGGGAUAUCUUUCUAAGGUCAUUGAGGAGACGUUCCGCAGAACAAGUAUCUCAUUUUCGGUUUUCAGACAGGCCAAAGAGGAUGUUGAGAUAAAUGGUUAUCUCAUUCCAAAGGGAUGGAAAGUGUUGGUCUGGAACAGAGGAGUCCAUAUGGAUCCCGAAAACUAUCCAAACCCUAAAGAAUUUGAUCCUUCAAGAUGGGAUAAUAAAUCCAGAGCAGCAGGGAGCUACCUUCCUUUUGGAUUAGGAAGUAGGUAUUGCCCUGGAAGUGAUCUGGCCAAGCUCGAGAUCAACAUCUUCCUCCAUCAUUAUCUCAGAAACUACAAUGUGGAGCGACUUAACCCAGAUGGCCCGAUAAAAUAUUUACCCCUUCCAAGUCCUGCAGACAAGUGCCCAGCAAGAAUCAUAAAAGUCACAUGAUCGAUCGUUUCCAUUUGCAAUCAAUUAAUGACCUCUACUUUCAGUGUCUAGUGUUUAAUAUA